GUCACAAACAAGCGUUGCCAUGUAACUAGGAGUAUAUGAGGUGAAAACUGCACGCAUCAUCAACAUCCCUCAGUGGAGAGAUCAAAACAUUGUGAAAGUGCCUCCUAAAGCAGUGCCCACGAACAAUAUGGCCCUAUACACAGCCAACCAAGUUCAGGAGUAAGAGAGUUUACAUGUCAUGACCCUGUUGUGGUUCGCUGUUUGGAUUUAAUCAUUAUUCACAGAUUUGUUUCCUCGGAGUACUAGGAUAUCUCAACGAACAUGUCGAAGCGAGGAAAGUCUCGAGGAAAAGAUAAGGGAAAGAAGCAGGAUGAUGAAGCUGAUGAGAAAGAGGGAAGCUUAGCAUACAAAAUUCUAUCAGAAGAUCAAUGUAAAACACUUCUUGGUCAAGAUGUUGACGAAAUGCAGACGACGUUAUGUGAUAUUUUCAAACUACACAACUACACUACAGACCUGCGUGAUGCUGGAGUGCUAGACUACUACACUGGGGCUGUGUGGUGGGGCAAGGAACAAGGCUUCCUUCCUCAACAACUCUCCGGCUUCUUCACCGUCAUACACAUACUGCUAGAUAAUGUAAAAGAACAACAUAUGACAAUGGUAGACAACUUGAAAGAGUUUAAGAAAUUGUUAAUUGGCAUUGAACCUGAGUAUCAACAAAUCAAGUCUGCUGGUUUAGAUUUUUUCAACACACAACAGGCUAAAGCUGUAACCACGUAUGUGACCACUUGUCUAUUUCAACACUAUAAGCUGUAUGAAUUAAUGUUCAAUCAAACUCAAGCUGAGGAAAUUAUUGGCACUGAUCUGGAGAUAGAGACAGCCAAGCCUGCAAGUGUACCGUUCCCCCCGCCCCUGGAUGAGGGCGUGUCACAAGAGAUGUUUGCCUCGUACAUAGCCACCCCUCCUCCAACACCAGAACCUGAGGUAGUUAAAAGUGAAGGUGGUUUGGCUGGAGAGGAGGAGGGAGACAAAGCGAUGGAGGAGCUAGACACAAAAUUGGACACAGACAUUUUCUCCGAGCUCACGGUGGAUGAUGUGCGAGCAGUAAUAGAAAGUGUAGCCAAGGAGUUGCUGGACCCAUUACAGAGUGAAAUUGCAGCAAAACUUCGAGAAAAGGAAAAUGUUCUUAUUGGAAGAAUCAACAAAGUUCAUAAAGUGGCUGAAGACGGAUCUCCUUAAAAUGUGUGGUCUUUUUCAGUAUGUGUAAGAAAACAGUACUUUAUAACAUGUAAAAAUGUCAACAGUGCAGAUAGGAAGCAUGUUCAAACCUAGGGACCAGAAUUGUGCAAUCGACAAGCUACACUGGUUCAAGGCCUACACUCCUGGAGUGUACACAUAUAACACUGACUCCAUCUCCUCAAGUGAUGUGAAAGUUGUCGUACAAUUGGUGAUUGAAGUGUUGUGAACACAUAGUUUGUGUUGACUAUAAUUUAUGAAUAUGAACAAGAAACGUAAAAAUAAGAAUAAAGUGUAAGUUAAAUGUUCUACAAUAUGUGCUGUAACAUGGAUGUGUUGUAACAUGCUUUUAACAUGUUGCAUUCAUUUUUAAUUGUUUCCUUUUUUAAAAAUAAAAUAAUGAAAUGUUGAUAUAUUCAAAAUGUAUUUAUUCUAUAAAAUAAAUUCUUGUACAUUUACAUAUAUGUCUUCUUCCUUUAUUAAAAGCACUGGUUUAUUUCCAACCAUGCAAUGCAAGUUUAUAAACGUAUGCCUUUUCAUGCGUUUCAUUCAACUGGAUCUUGCGUUUGGUAUUCCUUUUAAUGUACAACUGAAAAGUUUUCUGUUUUGAGAUACAUUUUAUGUAAAAGAAAACAAGGUGUUAAAAAG